GCUUGUUUGUCGCUCAGCACCAGAUCCCUUCUGCUGCUUGUCGCUGGGAGUCUUGUGCGCUCGACUGACGUCACCGUAAACCAUAACCAUGCAGACGAUGUGCGGCGGACUGGGCGAGGAGUUGCUGGCGGAUGAGAAAAUCCAAAGUAUUUGCGACGAGAUGAAGCCGCACGCAGAGCAAAAGGCAAAGAAGACCUACGAGGUCUUCACUGCCAAGCGCUACAAGCAGCAGGUUGUGGCUGGGACCAACUACUUCAUCAAGGUCCAUGUAGGAGGGGACGAUCACAUCCAUAUUCGUGUCUUUAAACCGCUCCCACAGCAAGGAGGACCUCAGCUGAGUGGUUUGCAGGAGUCCAAGGCUCACAGUGACCCCAUAGCGUACUUCUGAUACGACCACAUGCAAAAGUUUGUGUAAUGUCAUACCGUCUGUGCCUGUGUGUCACAUUCAGAUGUCAAUAUAGAACAAAUCUUGUCUCUUGGACCAUAAAAUACAUUGGCAAUAAUUUGGUGUUCAUUCGUACCCGUGACUUGUGGUUUAUGUCAGUGCUCUGCAAGACGAGAUUUGUACAUGUCAGCAGAGAGCGAGUCAAAUGAACUUUUUGUACAACAAAUGACUAAAUUACAUUUGAAAUAUUGGUCAAUAAAGAGAUCUGCGCUUC